AUGGCAGACAAACUCCAGUUGACGAUGCAGCAGCUGGGCGAGUUCCUGCUGACUCAGAAAGACUCGGUGCCUACCGACACUUACAACGGCAUGAUCAAGGCUCACGUGGAGACUAUCAAAGGGAACAUCAAGAAGCUCCCACAGCUCAGCCCUUCAGAAGCAACUUCGUUGAGCUCUUGUGCGAAAACGGGUCCAUGGCAGGACGAUCAGAAGGCAGAGAUAUGCAUGCUUUUGUCCGAGAAGCUGGCAGUUGCGUCUGUGUCCGAUUCAGGGCAAUCCAAAACACAGGACUGCCUGAAUUUCGGUGCCUUCUUGAGCCAGCAGGAUCGCACGGUGCUGAAGGAGCCUUCCAAUUCGGAAACCCAGAAACUGGAACAGGUGGCUUCCAGAUGCUGGAAAAUUGGCUUGUUCCUCCCGAACGAGUCAUCCAAGGGAAGAAUCGUCACUUGUGCGGUGGCGGCGGGAUUGCAGGUGGAGUCGCCCCAGGGCUUUUACGAAGCACUGAAGAACUUCAAGCGGAUCAUGAAGAAGAAACGGGAGAUGGUUCCCGGACGAACUGUCUUCGAGCUGUCGACCUACCCGGACGAGCCACAGCACUUGCCUCAGCGAUUGCAGGAGUCGUACAAAACCGACCCCGUGCAAGGCCUCAGCAUGGAGGAGAUGAUGAGAAUGAGCAGGGUGAAGACCUUGCGGAAAUCGUCCAAAGCUUUGCAACAGAACCUUGCAGUGGCCGCCCCACAGAGCAGCAGCAGCUCUAUGGGACAGCAUGGUGGACUUAUCCAAGGAGAUCAAAUGCAGAUGUUGGUUGGAUGCCUUCUGCAGUGUGCGAAAGCCUUUGCAGGUAAUACGGAUGAAGACGAAGGGCUUCCCGGGUUGCAGCUUUUCAAGCCUGCCAAGAAGGGUCAGAAGCAAAAGCAGCUCGGCUCGCCGGGUGCAGGUGGAAGCGGUGGCGAGACAUCGCAGCCGAGCCAGCCGGCUCAGCCGAGCCAGCCGGCUCAGCCCUUGCUCGCAUUGCCCGACCCUGGCCCACAGGAACACAAGGAGCAGAGCCCUCCGGGGGCUGAGGAAGAGAAGGAUGAUGAGGAUCCCGAAGAGCAGCUACGUUGGCUUCAAGGCAUGAAGAAGAAGCCGGCCGCUGCGAAGGCGGCUGCUGGCGGGAUGAAGAAGCCGGCCGCAGCCAUUGCGACAGCGAAGGCCAAGGGCUCCAUGCCGAAGGCCAAGGCCAAGGCCUCCGCCGUGGCGAAGGCGAAGGCGAAGGCAUCCCCAGUUGUCAUGCCGAAGGCGAAGGCUUCGAGCAACAAGGUUGUGAAGACCAUCCGGAAGCGGUCGGGGUGGAUCGUGGAGUACCGCAGAAAGAGCACAUGCGGCUCCAUUUACGGCAAAUGGGUGUCGCCAAGCGGAGAGAUCUACAAGAGCUGUUCCCAGGCAUCCGCUGUUGGCUUCGACGAGGGCACGGCUCGCGAGUCGCAGAAGCAGGGCUUGGCUCGCUUCGUUUUUCCGUGGGCCGACAUGUCGUUGGACCUCGCUAAAGUCGGCAGAAAGAGUUUCGUUUCACAGAGUGGAUUAUCGGAGAUUUUGCGAGCAGUGCGAGAAGCCGAUUCCUUGCCGGAAGGCAUCUCCCCGAGUGCCGUUAAGCGGGCUCGGACGAAAGCGAUGUCACCUGACACACCUUAUGGUCAGAUGUUGAAGGAAUGGAAACUGCGAAGCACGACCGGAGAAGAAAUGACAGUGGCUUAUUUGGACCCGGCAGCCUGUUUGUAUCAUGCUGUCGACUCUUGCACCAAGUUUGGAGCUUUCGUGCAAGACAUCGUGCGGACCAGAGAGCCCAGCAUCAACCGGCGAUGGCACAUAGUGCUGUACAGCGACGAAGUCGCACCGGGCAAUCAGUUAAAGCCCGUGAACUCCCGGAAGCUCCAGACUUUCUAUUGGAGCUUCCGGGAGUUCGGGGCCAGCUUGUGCCAGGAGGAUGCAUGGAUGGUACUCACGACUGUGAGAUCCGAUACUGUCAACAAGUUCAAAGAUGGAUUCACACAGUUGGCUAAACAUGCCAUGCUGAGCUUCGCAGCUCCACACGGCAACUUCCGGCUUGGCUUGUCGAUGGGCCGAUUUGUGAUGUGUGCCGAACUGGCAACGGUGGUCAGCGAUGAAAGUGCUUUAAAGCACACCUUUGAGAACAAAGGCGCCGGUGGCAAGAUGCUCUGCCUGCUGUGUCGCAACACUGUACAGCGACGAUAUGCCAGCUUGCCACUGCAUCCCAGCUUAGUGCUGCACACUUGCACGGAUUUCAGCAAGUUCAAGCUCCACACGCUGAACUCGGUCACGGCAAGCAUUAGGCAUUUGGCAGACAAGGUGGGCACCAGCACGAAGAAGGAGUUCGAAGAACUCCAGACCAAUCUGGGCUUCAACUACUGCCCUGAGGGUGUGCUUAGUUGCCCGGAGUUGCUGGAGGUCUUCGACCCGACUAAAGGGGCGAUGUACGACUGGGCUCACGUUUAUCUGGUAGCAGGCCUUUUUCAUCUGGAGAUGAACCUGCUUAUAGCCAAGCUGGUGCAGGCCGGAGUGACCCACGAGCAGAUCCAGCGAGGAUUGCUCCAGUACAGUUUGCCGUCCCACUUCGCCAGCUUUGGCGCCUUUGUGAAGAACUGCUUCGUGAAGAAGAAAGGCAGCGAGUGGGACUUCAAGUCGUCGGCGAGCGAGGCUUUGACAAUCUAUCCCAUUCUUCGGGACAUCCUCGCGAACUUGAGGCCAUCAUUGUCAGAAGAUGCCCGCAAUGCCAUCCGGUGUUUCCUGUUGCUUUGCACGUGUGUGGACUUGGUGCAGAAGAGCUUGUCGGAAAGGGUUGAGCCGGCAGACUUGCGAAGGGCCAUUCAGAGCCAUCUGAUGGCCUUUUUGCAGGUCUACCCCGAGGAACGAUUCAUCCCUAAGGGCCAUCUGGCCAUGCAUUUGCCUGCCCAGCUUGAGCAUCACGGCCUUCUCAUCAGUUGUUUGACUCACGAGCGCCGCCACAAAGAGUUGAAACGUUUCGCAAACAACUUGACCAAUGCCCGUCCGGGCACGGAGCGAGGGCUGUUACAGGAGCUGAUGCUCACCCAUUUGGAGUCGCUGGAGCGGGUGCCUUUGGGGUUUGGGACCGAGCUUCAUGCCCCGAAGCCGGCUAGCAUGGCCCUGCAAAGGGCAUUCGCGAGCUUCUUCGGACUUGUCGAAGCGAAGGGGUUGACCAUGGGCUCAAAGGCUCGAGUUCCGAAGGUUCCAGCCGUGGCAACAGGAGACAUCAUCAUCGUGAAGGAGCCGCAAGCUGUUGCUGAGGUCCUAUAUCAUUGCCAGUAUAAUGACCACGUGUUGACUUGCAUUACCCUCUACGAGAGGGGUGCCAAACCCAACCAAUUCAAAGAAGUGCAUGACAACUGCACAUUCGUGAACCCUGAUGUCAUCAUUGGGGCAUGCUUUACUCGUCGUUCCGAUGACGGCUUUGUCUAUGUCGUCCCUCAGCAUUUUGCUUUGUGA